CGGGGCUUCCGCCCAACGCCUUGGUGGUUUGACGUCCGUUUUGAUUCUUCCCCUCCUCGCGACGCUCUAUAUAUAUAUAUCAAAGUUUGCGCUCGCCCUUCGCAUGAAAGACUAACCGUCGGCUGCGGAGGUUUCAGAAACCCGAAAAAAACGUAUUUUUAAGUCUUUUUGUAAACAUUUCUCCUUGUGAAUACCAUAUUGCAUUAUGGCUGCUUAAGCCCCUUGAAGGGACUAGAGUCUGAAGUUUGGGAGAUAAUUUUGUGCAUAAAUAUUCAAAUUGGUUUUUGCCACUAUGCAGGACAGCUACAUCCACUUAUCAAACAUUAUCUGCAAUGAUAUUUUGGUUAAUGAAUUUAAACUGCUGCUUUGGGUUCGACAUCUCCAUAAACUUAUUAAAUUCAGUAAUCCUUUAAUAAUAAUAAUGCAGCCUGACUGAAAAUUCACUAUACUAGUGAGAAUAUAAAAAAGACAACAGUCCAAGCCUGUUAGAAGAAUUUUUGGUGACCAAAAUUCCUUUGAUCACAUUUCAUUCAUAUGUGUCAGGAUAACCUUUGAGGAAUUUUGUGAAGUAUUACUGAGUGAAGUGGUAUAUUGAUAAGAAAAAAAUGGUUUCUUAUUGUAAGGAGAGGUGUUCAAAGAUGUGCAUUUGAUUUAAGUUGGCUUUUCUGUAGUACCAUACGGAUAGUCCUCCUUAGAUCCAUUAUUUUGACCUUGCUCUUUCAGAAAUAAAAGUUUAAACAAUAUUCCUCCAUUAUUUCAUUUGGAAAGAAUUGAGAUUCAUUGGGAGAGAAGCCCCAUGUAUACAGAUUUAUAAUUAAAGCCUUAAUUGUUUCUUCAAACUUCCUUUAUUUUAAAUAUGCUCCUCCCUCAUUUUACUAAGACUUCUGUAAUUAUAGAAGAAAAGGGAACUACCAUAUUUUUAAAAAAGUCUGGAUUGUGAAAUUGGGAACAAAUUACCCUGUCAAAAAGGAACUACUAAAGUGAAGUAAUAAAAAAAGAAAAUAAGCAUUGCAUGUAACGUUAACUUUCAGGUUUUUAUUUUAUUAUGGCCUGGAAGUUGAUAAGAAUUGCACAAAAUUAUCUCCCAAACUUCAGACUCUUCCUUUACUCCUCUCCUGUUUUAUCUUCAUCAUGAAUGUUAUUGGCUCAUUUCUGCCAAAACUGAAGAAUGACGCAGAGGUGACAGAACUGAAGUAUGACUUAUCGUGUGAACUUUACAGGAUGUCUACAUAUUCCACUUUUCCAUCGAAUGUACCAGUAUCUGAAAGGAGUCUUGCUCGAGCUGGUUUCUAUUACACUGGUCUGAAAGACAAAGUGAAAUGUUACAAUUGUGGCUUAAUGUUGGAUAACUGGAAAAAAGGUGACAGUGCCCUGGAGAAGCAUAAGCAACUCUAUCCCAGUUGCAGUUUUGUUCAGAGUCUGACUUCAGUGACUAACCUUGGAUCCUCGUUUCGUUCUGCCUUUUCACCUCCAGCUACCUCUGGACUGAACUUUUCACAUUCUUCAAUGCAAGCCUUAAGUUUGGGUCAAGUUGGGUAUUACAGUGGAAGCUUUUCCAGUCUUCCUCAUAAUCCAGUUAAAUCUGCAGCAGUAGAAGAUCUGUCGCAUUUGAGACCAAAGGCUUUCAACCCUAUGAUGAGCACGGAAGAAAGCCGAUUACUCAGUUUCAAGGCAUGGCCCCUGACAUUUUUGUCCCCAUCUUCUUUAGCCAAAGCUGGGUUUUAUUAUGUAGGCCCUUCAGACAGGGUGGCUUGUUUUGCAUGUGGUGGUCAGUUGAGUAAUUGGGAACCAAAGGACAAUGCUAUAUCAGAACAUCAAAGGCAUUUCCCAAACUGUCCUUUUGUGGAACAAAUUCAGAACUGUUCAAGUUUGACUGGCUUUAAUUUGGGCAUGCAAAACUACAUAGGCCGUUUCAGAACCUUCAAAAAUUGGCCAGUAACGGUUCCAGUUCAUCCACAGCAACUGGCAGAUGCUGGCUUCUAUUACGUGGGUCGCAAUGAUGAUGUCAAAUGCUUCUGCUGCGAUGGUGGACUCAGGUGUUGGGAGACUGGGGAUGAUCCAUGGGUGGAGCAUGCUAAAUGGUUUCCAAGUUGUGAAUACCUGAUUUAUAGGAAAGGUCAAGAGUUUGUCCGCCAAGUUCAAGCAAGGUAUCCUCAUCUUCUUCAACAGUUGUUAUCCACUGCAGAUACACCUGUAGAUGAAAAUACAGAAGUACCAAUUAUCCAUUUUGAACCUGGUGAAAAUACCUCAGAAGAUGCCGUCAUCAUGAAAACACCCAUGGUUGAAGCUGUUUUGGAGAUGGGAUUCAGCAGAAGACUGGUCAAGCAAACAGUUCAGAGUAAAAUCUUAACAACAGGGGAGAAUUACAAAACAGUAAACGAUCUUGUCUCUGACCUCAUUAGUGCAGAAGAUGAGAAGAAGGAAGAGGAGAAGGAGGAUCCAUCAGAAAAAAUAACAUCAGAUCUGGCUUUAAUCAGAAAGAAUCGAAUGGCAUUGUUUCAGUGCUUGACAUGUACACUUCCUAUCCUGGAAAGUUUAUUAAGUUCCAAAAUAAUAAGUGACCAGGAACACCAAGUUAUUAAACAAAAAACCCAGACAUCUUUGCAAGCUAGAGAACUGAUUGAUACCAUCUUGGUGAAAGGAAAUUCUGCAGCAGACAUAUUCAGAAAUUGUUUACAGGAGUGUGAUCCUGCAUUAUACAAGGAUUUGUUUGUGGAGAAGAAGAUGACAUACAUUCCAACGGAAGAUGUUUCAGGUUUACCUAUGGAAGAACAACUGAGACGAUUGCAAGAGGAGAGAACUUGCAAAGUCUGCAUGGACAAGGAAGUGUCCAUUGUCUUCAUCCCCUGUGGCCAUUUGGUUGUUUGCAAGGAAUGUGCCCCUUCCCUUAGGAAAUGCCCGAUAUGCAGAGGAACCAUCAAGGGUACCGUGCGAACAUUUCUUUCGUGAAGAAGACAACUGUGCUGUUUUUCUCCCCCAAGGAUACAUUUUCAUGCUUCCUGAACGACACUAAGCUAAUUCACAACAUCCUGAUGCUUCAAGUAUCUGCAAAAUACAAUCUAAACUGCAGCUCAAUAUUCUGAUGAAGGUCACAAAGUUGAUGGCUUGUGAGGUCAAUCAUCUCUCAAGUGAUUCUAGUUGGGGAUCUGGAUAGGCUGGUCCUUUUUAGGACAUGAUUUCAUAAUGGUUUGGAGUGACAUAAAGAGUGAAUGGUGAUUCAUGUAUUAAUGUUUGCUGCUAUUAAAUAAAAGAAGCUGUUGAGCCUCAGUGCCGCAGUGGUUAGAGUGCAGUACUGCAGGCUACUUCUGCUGCCUGCCAGCUGCCUGCAAUUUGGCAGUUCAUAUCUCACCAGGCUCAAGGUUGACUCAGCCUUCCAUCCUUUCGAGGUGGGUAAAAUGAGGACCCAGAUUGUUGGGGGCAAUAUGCUGACUCUGUAAAACCACUUAGAGAGGGCUGUAAAAGACUGUAAAAACCAGUAUAUGUCUAAGUGCUAUUGCUAUUUAUAAUUUGAAAAGUCUGGAAAGAUUGCUUGGUGUAACUUGUUGGCUAGUUGAAAAUAUAUUUUAUUUACCAUAAAUAAAACUGAUGUGAUUAAAAGAAA